AUGUACAUCUCGCCAAACGAAUACUCACGAGUGUACCGAGAGAUCAAGCGGACGUCACUAUCUCAUUCGACAUGCAAGCUUAUUAUAUUUGUAGCGUGUUUAAACAUUGAUGCACUCUGUGGAGCGAAGAUUCUAGCACUGGUUCUACGCAAAGAAUUGGUACAAUAUCAGCUUGUUCCAGUGGUGGGAUAUACCGAUUUGAAGCAGCACUUCGAUCGUUUGGAUGAUGAUGUUUCCAAUGUGAUUUUGGUAGGUUGUGGAGCCAUGUUGGAUCUUGAAGGGUUUCUUGAAAUCGAUGUCGAUGCAUUUGUGGUGAACGACACCACCACUCAUACGAAUGACGACCUAGACACGCGUUUCGAACACCAGAAGUUACGUCGAAAGAUUUACGUGAUCGACGGGAACAGGCCGUGGAACUUGGAUAAUCUUUUCGGUAGCAAUAUGGUGGUGUGCUUUGACGAUGGACAUAUUGAUCGACGGUUGACCAAAGAACGCUCGGCCUAUAUGACGCUUCAAGAAUUGGACGACAGCGACAGCGAAAACGAAGACGAAGACGAUGAAUACGAUGACGACGAAGAACAAGACGUAGUCAAACUAUCGGAUGAAGAUGAGGAUGAAGCGGACUACCAAAGUCAUUCAGAAGACGACGAAGAAACCAGAUCCCGAAAGAGAAGCAGAAGGAAACAAAUCUCUGAUAAAAGACUCAAACGUCAAAGGAAACGACAAUUAUCACAAUCGAACUCGGUAUUGGAGGAUUACUACAGCCAAGGGACACUUGUGAUCACUUCAGCCACGGCUACAAUAUACGCCUUACUUGCAGCUAUUGGUGAAACCAAUCUUGAAAAUCUUUGGUUAGCCAUCGUUGGAACGUCAUCUCUAGAUUAUCAUUAUCCUGAGAUCUACGACAAGAUUCAACCUUUGUACAGGGACGAGGUAUUAAGAUUGAACCCACCACAAUUGGACGGUGUCCAAGACAAGACAGCAGACACUAGUUCGCUUAGUAUCGAGAAUGAUUACCAUCUCUUUUUACUAAGACAUUGGACACUUUACAACGCAUUCUUCUAUUCAUCGUUUGUCAAUUCUAAGUUGAAUCUUUGGACUGAAGAUGGUAAGAAGAAGCUUCACAAGUUGUUUGCCAAAAUGGGGAUUUCGUUAGCCAUAGCUCAACAGAAAUGGCUCUAUAUGGAUAUACUGGUGAAGAAACAGCUUCCAGUUAUAUUCAGUAAAUAUUUACCUAUGUAUGGACUUGAGGGCAUUGUUAGAGAUGGGUUUGUUCGGACGUAUGGAUAUAAAGGCCAAUUGACAGCCAUGGAAUGCGUGGAAGCCCUUACGGCAUUAUUGGAGCUUGAUGCUUCAUUAUUGAAUAGCGAUAUCUUUCAAUCACUGGAGUCCAGUCGGAGUUUAUUGCGGACAUCGCAAGGUUAUCAAUCUCGUUCAAUACAAGGAGGUGGAGAUAACGAAUCCUUAAUGGAUGCCGAAGGGGAAGAAGAACGAAUCCGGUUAGAAAUGGAACGAAAAGGAAAAAUCUGGGUUAAUAAUUUCUGGUCUUCUUGGGAUGCAAUUAGUGAUAUCAAUUCAAGUCUGGCCAUUGGAACCAAUUCGAAAUUCCAUACCAAAAGAAAAGGAUAUGGACUUUUAGUUCAAGGUCUUGAGGUUGCCAAAAACAUUCAAAAAAUUAUCUUCCGUACGGGGAUGUCUGUAUUAGAGCGGAAAUUGAUUAAGAACUUAAAGCUAUAUCGAUUGUGUGUUCUUACAGAAGGUUCAGUACCUGAUUUAAACAUUUUUGUUAAUCCGCUUAUGCUUUCCAAAUUGGGUACUUGGAUAUUAGAGAAUAUUACUGAGUUGGACUUUGCUAAUAACACCAACUCUUUAAAGCCAAUGGUGGUUGCUAGUUUCGAUGCUGUUACAGACACAUAUCUUGUAAUUGGAUUAGCACCCAAAUAUCCUAGAGGAAUGAAUAACUCCGAGAUAGCCAAGUUACUACAGAAGGAAAGAAAUAAUAAUAAAGAAGCAGAUCCUUCAAUAAUUAUAAGGUUAAAUACUUUCAGUGUUGCCUUUACACAAGUUGCAAAUACUACGGGAGCCAAAGUUAAGAUCGAUGGGUUCGAUAGUUCGGUGAUUGAAAUCCGAAAAGAUGAUUUAUCACCUUUCCUCGAGAAGUUAACCCUUAGUGGAUUGAUAUAG